GCGACGAUACGUUUUAGUGCAGCCAGGCAGCAGUUAUUUUUAGGAGUAAGGUGGGAGUUGGUUAGCUAGCAUUGACGUUAGUUAUAAACGAAGUCUGUAAGUUAUUGCAAGCCCCAGGGUUUUGCACUAAAAAUAAGAAGAAUGGCUGAACCACUGAAGCAGACCUACUUUGAAAACAAGCCGGUGGAAAAGACGAAGAAAGAUCCGAAGCGGCUGUCAGUAGAGAGGAUCUAUCAGAAGAAGACGCAGUUGGAGCACAUUUUGCUCAGACCGGACUCCUACAUAGGCUCUGUAGAGCCUGUCACCCAACAAAUGUGGGUGUAUGAUGAGGAUGUUGGACUGAACUGCCGUGAUGUGACGUUUGUGCCCGGGCUUUACAAGAUUUUUGAUGAGAUCCUUGUAAAUGCAGCUGACAAUAAGCAGAGGGACAAGAGCAUGUCCUGCAUCAAGGUCAACAUUGAUGUUGAAAACAAUACCAUCAGUGUAUGGAAUAAUGGGAAGGGUAUUCCUGUGGUGGAGCACAAGGUGGAGAAGGUCUAUGUGCCUGCGCUCAUCUUCGGACAGCUCCUCACCUCCAGUAACUACGAUGAUGACGAAAAGAAAGUCACUGGUGGACGCAAUGGAUAUGGUGCUAAGCUUUGCAACAUCUUUAGCACAAAGUUCACUGUGGAGACUUCCUGUAAAGAGUCAAGGAAGACCUUCAAGCAGACUUGGUAUGACAACAUGGGCAGGGCAGGCGAUGCUAACCUCAAACCCUUUGACGGAGAGGAAUACACUUGCAUCACCUUCAGGCCAGAUCUGGCCAAGUUUAAAAUGAGCAUCCUGGACAAAGACACAGUGGCUUUGAUGACCAGGAGGGCCUACGACAUUGCUGGAGCCUCCAAGGGUGUCCGUGUGUUUUUUAAUGGCAAGAGGCUGCCAAUUACAGGUUUCCGUAGCUAUGUGGACAUGUAUGUGAAGGACAAGGUGGACGAGAUUGGCAAUACCCUCACAGUGGUUCAUGAGAUUGUCAAUGACCGCUGGGAGGUCUGCCUCACCAUGAGCGAGAAAGGUUUUCAGCAAGUCAGCUUUGUCAACAGUAUUGCUACAACCAAGGGAGGGAGGCACAUUGACUAUGUGGCUGACCAGGUGGUUGGCAAGCUCAUUGAAGUGGUGAAGAAGAAGAAUAAAGCUGGGGUGGCCGUCAAGCCUUUCCAGGUGAAGAACCACAUGUGGCUCUUUGUCAAUUGCCUGAUUGAGAACCCCACCUUUGACUCUCAGACCAAAGAGAACAUGACACUGCAGCAGAAGACCUUUGGGUCCACUUGUCCUCUCAGUGACAAGUUCAUUAAACAGGCCACAUCCUGUGGGAUUGUGGAAAGUAUCAUGAACUGGGUGAAGUUCAAGGCUCAGACCCAGCUCAACAAGAAAUGCUCAGCUGUUAAACACACAAAAAUCAAAGGGGUGCCUAAACUGGACGAUGCCAAUGAUGCAGGUGGGAAGAACUCCAUCGGCUGCACACUGAUCCUUACUGAGGGAGACUCAGCCAAGACACUUGCUGUGUCUGGGCUGGGAGUGGUCGGCAGGGACCGCUAUGGCGUCUUCCCUCUCAGAGGAAAAAUGCUCAACGUCCGGGAGGCCUCACUCAAACAGAUUAUGGAGAAUGCUGAAAUCAACAACAUCAUUAAGAUCCUCGGUCUUCAGUACAAGAAGAACUACAGCGACCCAGAAUCCCUCAAGAGUCUGCGUUAUGGCAAGAUCAUGAUCAUGACAGAUCAGGAUCAAGAUGGUUCCCACAUUAAGGGCCUGCUAAUCAACUUCAUCCACCAUAACUGGCCAUCGCUGCUGCGCCACAACUUCCUGGAAGAGUUCAUCACCCCCAUCAUCAAGGCAUCUCACAAGAAAACUCAGCUGUCUUUCUACAGUAUCCCUGAAUUCAAUGCAUGGAAGGAAAGCCAGUCCAACCACACAUCUUGGAAAAUCAAAUACUACAAAGGUUUGGGAACCAGCACAUCGCAGGAAGCCAAGGAGUACUUCUCUGAUAUGCAGAGACACCGUAUCCCAUUCAAGUACUCUGGACCUGAAGACGAUGAAGCUAUCACCCUUGCCUUUAGCAAGAAGAAAGUGGAAGAGCGGAAAGAGUGGCUGACCAACUUCAUGAUCAACAGGCGCCAGCGCAGAGAGCACAACCUGCCUGAGGACUACCUGUAUGGUCAGUCCACCAAGUCCCUCUCCUACAACGACUUUGUCAACAAGGAGCUGGUACUUUUCUCCAACUCUGACAACGAGAGGUCAAUCCCCUGCCUGGUGGACGGUCUGAAACCAGGCCAGAGGAAAGUGCUGUUCUGUUGCUUCAAGAGGAAUGACAAGCGGGAGGUGAAGGUGGCCCAGUUGGCUGGCUCAGUGGCUGAGAUGUCAGCCUACCACCAUGGAGAGGUCUCUCUGAUGAUGACCAUUGUUGGUUUGGCCCAGAACUUUGUGGGAAGCAACAACUUGAACCUGUUGCAGCCUCUGGGUCAGUUUGGAACUAGGUUGCAUGGUGGCAAGGACUCUGCCAGCCCUCGAUACAUCUUCACCAUGCUCAGCCCUCUUGCCCGCCUUGUUUUCCCAUCUGUGGAUGACAACCUACUCAAGUACAACUAUGACGACAACCAGCGUGUAGAGCCGGAGUGGUACAUGCCCAUCAUCCCCACUGUGCUGGUGAACGGGGCCGAAGGUAUCGGCACAGGCUGGGCCAGCAAGAUCCCCAACUACGACAUACGAGAGAUCGUCAGCAACAUCCACCGUAUGCUCAAUGGCGAUGAGCCUCUGCCCAUGUUUCCAAACUACAAAGGCUUCAGAGGCACAAUUGAGCAUGUGAUGGACAACCAGUAUAUAAACAGUGGCGAGGUGGCCAUCAUUGAUUCCACCACCAUUGAGAUCUCUGAAUUGCCUGUCAAAUGCUGGACACAGGCCUACAAGGAGAACGUUCUGGAGCCUAUGUUGAAUGGCACAGAGAAGGUCCCUCCUCUGAUCACCGACUAUAAGGAAUACCACACCGACACCACUGUGCGCUUUGUGGUCAAGAUGGCAGCAGAGAAGCUGAGGGAGGCGGAGGCUGCUGGACUCCACAAAGUCUUCAAACUUCAGAGUCCCCUCACCUGCAAUUCUAUGGUUUUGUUUGACCAUGUGGGCAGCCUGAAGAAGUAUGAAUCUGUGCAGGAUAUUCUCAAGGACUUCUUUGAGUUGAGGAUGAAGUACUAUGUGCUGAGAAAGGACUGGUUGGUUGGCACUGGGGCAGAGAGUGCUAAACUCACCAACCAGGCCCGCUUCAUCCUGGAGAAAAUCCAGGGUACCUUGGUCAUCGAGAACAAGCCAAAGAAGGAACUGAUUCGCAUGCUGCAGCAGAUGGGCUAUGACUCUGAUCCAGUAAAGGCUUGGAAACAGGCUCAAGAGAAGAAUGAGGAGGAGAUGGAGGACGAAGAGGAGGAGGAAGGAACAGAGAAGGAGGACACCAGUGGGCCAGACUACAACUACCUGCUGAGCAUGCCCAUGUGGUUCUUGACCAAAGAGAAGAAAGAGGAGCUGUGCAAACAGAGGGAUGCUAAGAUGACAGAGCUGAACACCCUGAAGAAGAGGUCUCCAGCAGACCUGUGGAGGGAAGACCUUGCUGCUUUCUCUGAGGAACUGGCGAACAUUGAGGCAAAGGAAAAGGAGAAUGCCACCAUGCCUGUUAAAAAGGGGACUGGAAAAGGCAAAGCAGUGAAGGUGAAGCAGGAGACUCUGCCCACGCCACAGGGUCGGCGUGUUGUCCCGCGCGUUACCAGCACCAUGAAAGCUGAAGCUAACAGGAAGGCUGAUCUUAAGAAAGGAGAAGGCAAGAGGGGCAGGAAAAUCAAGAAUGAAGAUGUGGUGAUGAAGAUGGAGUUUGGAGAAGAUGCGGAGAAUGCAGAGCCAUGUGAGGAGAUUGGCUUGGCUGCACGACUGAGCAAAAAAACUAAAACUCAGGCAAAGGAAAAAGCAGUAUCAAAGACCGGCAAGCAGAGCACUCUUCAGUUCAAGCCUGUUGCCAAGAAGCCCAAGAAGAAUCCCUGGUCGGACGAUGAGUCUGACGAUCUGUCCAACGGUGAAAUGGAGGCAGAGGAAGUGGUUGCCCCCAGGGAGCGGGUUGAACGCAAAACUAAAGCUGCGGUGAAGUACAGCAUGUCCGACAGUGAAAAUGAAUUUGAUGACUGGGGGAAGAAGGAUGCUCCAAAACGGAAAGCUGUAAUCAGUGAUGAUGAUACCAGCUUUGCCCCAGAGCCCAGCACCAUGGCUGACAGCGACGUGGACUCUCCAACCCCGCCUCCCAAAGCUCCAGAACCCACGAAAAAGAAAGUGGCAAAGAGCAAAUCAACAGUAAAACAAGCUGAAACCAAGUCAAGCUCUCAGUCGGAUGAUCAGGUUCCUGCAUCUAAGGCUACUCUUCAAUGUAAAACCAAAGAGGUUGCACCCAAGAAAGCUGCUGCUGCAAGGAAACCGGCUGCAUCCAAGAAGAAGGCUUCAGAUGUGAAGCAGCCGUCCAUCCUGGAUGCUCUUUCUAAAACCAAACCUUCAUCCAACAUGGCUGCCAAGAAGGUCCCUUCAUUUGAUUCCAGUGACUCCGAGGGUGAAGCUAAAGCUCCAGUUACAAAGGCGAAACCCGUUCUCAAGCGGAAACAGGCUGUCAGUGACGAAUCUGACAGCAGCUCAGACAACCUCAUGUCACGCCUCAAGGCCAAAACAACUGCCUGCAGCAAGAAAACCAAGAAGUGGGUCGACGAUGACAGCUUCCAGGUUUCAGACCAGGAAGCAGCAGCUCCUGUAGCUGUGGCACCACGAGACAAGCCCUCACGUGCCCGGAAACCUGUAACCUACAACCUGGACUCAGAUGAAGACUUUUAAAUUUUAAUCUUUAAGUGUCUAUGUGGUCAUGUUUUUUAGAUUUUGUAUUAAGGCAGGUUAUUUAGUAAGUUAUACAAAUAGUUUGUACCACGUGAUUAAUAUGGCUUCACUUUUAUCACUUGAAGCACACUUGCAUUUACACUUGGGGCUUAAAUGGACCUUAGAACUGCAGUCCUAAAAAAUCUGAUUCACUGUAGAGAAAAAAAGUUUCUCAUCCUGUCAAGAAAAGAUGCGUCGGGUGCUUGGACCCCAUUAUACCUGUGUGUAAGUCUAGUUUUAGUCUUAACAUGACUUACACUUAACCGUAAACCCUAACCCUUAAAAUCUUUUGUAAUCCACUUGUUUGUGUUUUGUCUUGUCUUGUAAAUAUUUCAAUGGCUGUUCAUUUUAUAUUUUGAAAAAUAAAGUUAAUUUGUUUGUA